AUGAGUAUGACAACUAAUAAUGUACUACGUGAACUUAAACUUCAUAGCCCAGCUGGAGUUGAACCAGCAGUAUUCACAUGGCCAAAUAUUGAUCGACAAAGCACAAAAAAAGAUGGUGUUUUUGUCGGUGGUGAUGAGAUUGUCAAAACAAUACGUUUAGUUUUUGAAGAUUAUCCUGAAUUAUAUCAACAAAAUCUUGGUCUUUCCACUUGUGAUAUACAUUCGUAUACAAAUAUGAAAGAAUUAUGCGAUAAAUUUAAUAAAAUCAUGGAUACACAUAUUAAAUUAAAUCGUGGCACGGAGUCAUUUUCAGCCCGUCUUGAAAGACGCGCUUCAUCAAAAUUAUUUCGACAUAUUCUUGCUCAAGUUUAUAGUCGUGCAGUAACAGAUCCCGAUAAAUUACGUGCCUAUGAACCAUUUUCACCUUCGGUUUAUGGCGAAACAUCACCGGAUUUAAUUGAUUCAAUUCUUAAAUCAAUUAAUUUAACAGAAGAUCAAACAUUUAUUGAUCUUGGCUCGGGUGUUGGAAAUGUUGUUCUACAUGUAGCAGCAUUAGCAAAUUGUAAACAUGUCUAUGGUAUUGAGUAUGAAGAAGUUCCAGCUACAUAUGCACUUGCUAUGGCUGAUGAAUUUCGUUCUUGGAUGCGUUGGUAUGGAAAGCAAUAUUCAGAAUUUCAAUUAGAACAAGGAGAUUUUUUAAUACACCCAAAGAUGGAUGAAAGAAUACGAGAAGCAGAUGUUAUUUUUGUUAACAAUUAUGUGUUUGGCGCAAGAGUUAAUCAUGAACUUAAAGUUAAAUUUAUGAAUAUGAAAGACGGAGCAAAGAUUGUUUCAUCACGAGAAUUUUGUCCUGAAACAUUUCGACUGAAUGAUCGAACGAAAAAUGAUUUAGGGGCUGUUAUGUAUGUUAGUAAACCAGAGGAAUUCUUCGGAAAAGUUAGUUGGUCAGAUAAAUCAGUUCAAUAUUAUCUUCAUGUUAUUGAUCAUAGUAAACUUGCACUUUACUAUGAAAAAAUACAGCAAGUACAUUCGAAAGGAACAAGGACAAAUCAUUCUAAGUCAAACGAUGACGACAAUACUCUAUCUCCAUCAUCGAAUAAUUCAUCAUCGAAUGGUAAAAAUCAUCGUCAAAUGAAAUCGAUUUCAAAUCAACCGAGUCAAAAAGUUGAUGAAAACAAUUCUUUUCAGCACGAUUUAAAAAAUAUUAAUCGUAAACGUAAACUUAAUACAACAACGCCGAAUGUAAAUGGUAAAAAGAUUUAUAUCAAAGUUCUACCUGAUAAAAAUCAAUCGGAUUAUGAAUCCGACUUAUCAAACGAUGAAUCAACCAAUUCUAAACGUGUAGGUACAUCAUCGAAAGAUUAUCAUUCAACAUUAAAUGAAUUACAUCCAACAAGUGAAACCUAUGAUCAAUUAAAUAAAAAUGAGCGUUUUAAUUAUCGUGAAAUGACAAAAUUACCCAAUGAAAAUCUUAAUAUUUGCCAGUUUCGUGAUUGCCUAUUAGAACAAGAAGAUAAUCGAUUUUUAAAUUCAAUUAAUUCCUAUUUAGAUUCAUUUCGGCAACGUCUUUUUUCAUAUUUUGCCUAUAUGAAAUCAAACGUCUAUCGUGAACAUUUAAAAAGUCAAUUAGAUAAUGAAAUGGAAUUAAAUAAAAUGCUUAAAACAAAAGUUAAUUCAUUAGAAAAUAGUAUUAAAGUUCUACUAGAAGAUACGAUUAGUUUACUUAAAUUACGUACGAAUGAAUUGGGCAUUGAAGAAUUAGAACGGCCAGUACAAUUGAUAACAUACGCUAAUGAUAUAUCGAGUAAACAUAAAGAAUUACGUUCAAAAGUUGCAACACUAGAAAAAGAAAUAGCUGAAUAUAAUUAUGAGAAUGAAAAAUUGAAUCUUAUUUUGCAAUCGACCAAUGGAAGUCACUUAUCAACAGUAACACAUGCAGUAAAUGAUAAUACUUACUCAACUUUAUUGGCAACGAUGAGCAGACAAACUCAACAACAAGAAAAUAUUAAACAAUCAUAUUCGCCGAUUAGUCCGAUACCAUCGACUGAUAGAGAUACUGCAUUCGUAUCAACAGAAUUUCCAUCAUAUUCACAUCAAAUUCCUACCUCAUCAUUUGAUGUUGUUAAAACUGAACGCAAAUCUGGCUUUACUAUACCGAAGAAAGUAAGGAAGACUUCCAAUUUAAACUCCGAUGGCAGUUCAAUUAUUUCUCCAAUGAAAACAAUUAAAACUUCUGAUAAACAUAACGUAUUACAAGAUGUAUCACGUCGAACCCUCCCUUCGCUCUCAUUAAAUGUCUCUGCAAGUAUCAAUAAUCUUCUAUCAAGUAAACAACUUGAACCUGUUCAAGUUCAUUCAGUUGUAUCAUCUGGUGGACAGCAAGCUAAACAGCAGCAACCAUCUGUUAUUCAAUCGGUUAGUGUUAAGCCAUUGUUAAACAGUUCUCCGUCAUCUUCAAAUACAAAAUCAUCGAAUGAAAUGAAUCGGACGAUGGCGAUACAAUCACCACGUAAAAAACGUGAUUUCUAUGGAAAAUCAUCCGGUCCAUCAACAACGCCACCUUCAUCGUCAAAUUCAUCACCAACCAAUAAAUCCCAUCGGCACUCAAGCACAACUGAAUCCUCUUCUCCAAGUAAAAAUCGUCCUUCAUCAACACCAGCAUGUACCGCAACUGUUCGUGCAUCUACAAUACCCGAUCGGCCCGUUUCUAAUCCUCCAUUGAAGACUUCAUCUUAG